GGGUCCCUCCCACACUCGCUGAGAGUGAGAAAGGCAGGGUUGUCGGCUUUGCAGACACAACCCCUCAUCUCGCGUAAGAGGAGGUUCAUUAUUUAAAGUUUUAAGCAACUUAAAUAGUGUUGCCUAGAAGCUGGGAAAGCCGACAAGGUUAUUUCACAAAACCAAACCUAAUAUUUUCUAUAUUUUCGGACCUUGGCUAGCUCGGACGUGUGUGCCUUUACAAACUAAAUCACGAAUCGAAUAUGCCCCAGACUGUGACACUUGAGGGACCCUCACCUUGGGGAUUUCGCCUUGUGGGAGGACGGGAUUUCAGCACACCGUUAACUAUUUCUAGGGUGACAGCGGGCAGCAAGGCGGCCCAGGGUGACCUCUGUCCGGGGGACACCAUCCUGGCCAUCAAUGGAGACAGCACAGCCACCAUGACCCACAUGGAGGCCCAGAACAGAAUCAAGACGUGCACUCAGAAGCUCACACUCCACGUCAGCGGGUCAGAUGACAACAGAGUGUGGUCACCAACCGGAAGCGAUGAUGGCAAGAUAAGCCCCUACAUGGAGUCUGACACGCAGAAGUUCCGCCCGAUAAUCAGCGGAAACGGAGGCUACGGUCGGAAACAGUCCUACACCCAGGAGCCCGAGAAUCAGACCCGGGCCAGCCCCCCACCACCACCGCCCGCCCCCCAACCAGCUCACCUGAAUAAUGAACCUGCCAGGCCCAACACCAGCCCCAGCUUCACCUAUGGGAAUGGGAACAGCCACAGGAAUGUCCAUGGCAACGGCCAUGGCAACGGCCAUGGCAACGGCAAUGGCAACGGCCAUGGCAACGGAACUGGGCAGUACAACAGCCCCACCGGUCUGAACGGCAAUGGAGACCGCUCCCUACCUGGCAAGAUGGGAGGUCUCCAGCUCGGCAGUGCCUCCUACAGCCCCGAGCCCCACCUGACCUCACCGGGGGGCCGUCCUGGUAACGGGACCAGCUUCAACGUGGAGUCACCGGGGGGCCGUCCUGGUAACGGGACCGGCUUCAACGUGGAGUCGGACGUGUUGCGGAUGCUGCAGGACCACGAGGAGCCGGCCGCUCAGCCCAAACAGUCGGGCUCCUUCAAGUACCUGCAGGUCAUCCUGGAGGCCGAGGACGGAGGUAAGUCUCCGAGUGAAACCAUGAGGAGCCUGCGGUCCCCGGUGAGGUCUCCAGUCCCCAAGCUGGCCAGCCCCAUCCCGGUCUCCUCACCCGGGCUGCAGAAACUCCCUCAGUGCACCCGCUGUUGCACCGGCAUUGUGGGCACCAUGGUGAAGGCCCGGGAUAAGCUGUACCAUCCCGACUGCUUCAUGUGCGACGACUGCGGCCUGAACCUGAAGCAGAGGGGCUACUUCUUCAUCGAGGAGAGCCUGUACUGCGAGACGCACGCCAUGGCCCGCGUGCAGCCCCCCGAGGGCUACGACGUGGUCGCCGUCUACCCCAACUCCAAGGUGGAGCUGGUCUGAGGCCAUAGGCCAUGGAGAGAGGGAGAGGGAAGAGGAAACGUGUGACGUAGUGAGAGCGAGAGAGUGCUAUACUUUGAUAUACAGCUGGUCUGAGACCAUGGCCGAUGGAGAGAGAGAGGUAGAACAUGUGACGUAGAGAGAUUGAGGGCGUGCUGUACUUUAAUAUACAGCUGGAAGACAUUGGAGGUAGGGACCCGAAGUGUUCUUUUAGAAGGGUGUCCCGGUUGAUAAGGUGUUAGGUAGGUAUUUAGGUAUUUCUUAAGGAAUUGUAGAGCAGGAAUGCUGAGCACAGAGGGUUGUGACGAAUGAUGAAGAUACAUGUUGGAACGGAUGUCCUUUAAGGUGGGAGUCGGCCAUCUUGUGUCUGGUUCAAUUAGCACAAAGAAAGGUUGCAGCUAAUGGGUGAAAUUGGCGUGAUCGAUGAGCGAUUAGACGGACUAUAAAAAGAUUGCAGGACUUUUAUCGCAUCUCAACCCCAUAUUUCCCAUCACUUCACAUUCAUGAUGAUUGAUUAAGUGUGUUGUCCAAGUUGAGCAUUAAUUCAGAUUCUGCAAAAUAUCUGGUUGAGGUUAUAUUAUCAUUUAUUGAUCUGAUUUAUUUUCUAUUUAUUCGGUAUAUUAAACACCCAACACAUCACAUCAAGACAGGAUGCAAUACAAAAACGUAACAUACAAACACGACAGAAGCUACACUACAUUUAAAGGAGCACCAGUCAGUCGAUGGUGGGGGCUGAAAUGAAAUGUAAAAUGCUGUGUGCUGGGGCAGCAGGCUGGCUUCAAAGAGCGGUUGUCCUUACUGAUGAAGAUGUUUUAUGGCAACAGGGUCCAGCAUCUUUUAUAGAUGUUUGUCUUUGGGCUGGGGACGCUGUGCCUUUGACCUGAGGACAGUAGCCCAGAGUGGGGGUUCAAGAGAGGGCUGCCAUGGUCUAAGAUGUUGCAGCGUAAGUGUUUGACUGCUCUGCCAUGGAUACAGCACCGUUUGGUUUGUUUGUAGCAUGUCAUUUUACUGCCCAGUUGAACUAUUAGGCCAACACAAUGUUAAAACUGAGUAUACUUUCAAUUAGACAUGGCUACACUCUUUUUGGGGUGCAUUGGCUGACCUCAAAGUUCCUUUGUUUUCCCUGCGGUAAAGUGUCUUCUGCUGUUCAAAUGGUUCUGAUCAACCUGCUUAACCUGCAACUCUAGCAAAACAAAUAACAAAACUCAGAUAUAAAUGACUGUUCACAUGCAACCUUUUCCAGAUGCAGCCAUUAUCCAUGGUUCUAUUGAGUUCUUCGUGCGUCUGCCUGUACCUCAAUGCUCCAGUUAAGACAUGCACACAGCAAUAUGUGUUGGAUAACAUCAUAUUCAAGGAUGAUAAACAAAUGAACUACUUAUAGAUAUGCCUUUUAGAAACUACUGGGUUCUAGUAUUCACACACUAACGCUAGUUAACCAGUUUGCUGUCGUUUCUGCCGGAGCUACUUUAGUAUAUCAAUAUUUACCUAUUACAACUAAUAGAUUUUAUUGCAGUUUGUAUCAGGAUUUCAUUUAUUUAGUCUUCAUUUAAAAAAGAAAAAAGAGAAUAAUUUUGCUCUUCAAUAACCCUGUUGCGCUUACACACACAUCAUCGUUCUGUUCUUGUUUGAGUUUACACUUACUAUGUUUAGUUUGGAUUUGGGUUGGAUUUGUCUGACUGUUGAAAAAGAUUGUUGGUGAGAUUUUGAUAGUGGGUUGCUUCGAGGGGGAGCAACACGUUAACAAAGGGUUGGGAAUACUUCUCCAGGCUGGGGGGAAUUAUCGUAGGGCUAUGAUGAAUACUGACCAAAAGUUCUCCUUUCUCUCCUCUGAUACUUAAAACCCUACAACAUGAGUCUUCAUUUAUUCAUGUGAUACUACAGGUAUUCUAAGGGAAUGAGGAAAGAAAGAUGAGCUUGAAAGGAGAAUAUAUAUUCGGUUUGUUUAGAUAUUCUUUUUUAGUUGCUAUACUGAACUGCGGAGUUUAACAAUGUUGGUCCAAAGUAUCUGGGACGCUAUUUUCUAGCGAUGCUGUUACUUUUAGUUGUUUAGUUGUUUCUUUUCUAUCCGUUCAUGACCCUGUCUAAGAACAGCGUUUCCACUCUGUUUUCUGUGGAAUGCUUCCAAUAAAUAAUGAUAGAGUGAGCCUUACAGGCACUGUAAAUAAGUAGUCUCACUCCACACUUCAUACACUCCAUGUGGUCAUAUUCUGUCCUGUGGCUGUCAAAAACUUUCUUGUGGUGUUUUUUUUUUUUUUAUGAUUUAUUUGGUCAUGAAAACGUUUUUGAAACUUUUUUCGCAAAGCAAUUUAUACCCAUGGGAAUCUUGUCCAUAGCACUUUGGGAUAUGCAUGAACUUUGUUGCAAGAGUUUUCGGAGCUAUUAUUGUCCGUGUGCAAGAUCAGCUUAAACAGAGCCAGGCUUGGGCUUUGCCUUUAAUGAAACAAGCGCCGAUGCUCCACCUGGCUUCACUGCUUCCCUAGGCUCCGGACCCAAGGAGAUCAAGGUCAAAGUUCAUGCACACAAUCAACUGAAAUUAAAUUAACCUAAGCUAAGGCUAAGGACAAGCUGAUUCUUUGUGGAAUGACAUUUCCUGAGUUAUAUAUAUUUAACAUCAAUUAUAGUUACCACAUCAUAUUGCCCUAGUAGUUUAAACUUGGGUCCACCCAGCAUUGAAGCCUGACGACCAAGCUGAUCUUGAAAAGGCCCCUUUACAGACACACAGUAGGGGAAUAGCAAAGAGAAAGAUUGGGCUAAUUUAUGACAGCCAAAAGCAGUCCUAGAGAUGCAUCCCACUUUGUGAAAGAGGUGAAGCCAGGGGAUGUGUGGUAGAUCAAAGCACCAGACGGCACAUUUCUGUAACAAGACUUUUUGGCUAGUGUGAAAGCUAACAAGCAAAGGAGAGCAUCAUUAUUUGUAAAAUGGGUGAUGUAUAUUCAUUGUAGGUGAAUAAUGAAAUGGAUAAUGGUUAAAGGAAAACAUUAAUGUACCUAGUUGAUUGCUAUUGAUUCAGUUCAAAUACCAGUAAUUCCUAUUUUCCUUUCUGAUGAACAUUCAAUGUUUCAAUUGACAGUAUACCGACUGCAGUGAUUCUCUUUGUAAAUUAUAUGAUAUUAUAUCAUUCUGCCAUUUUGGCUCUAUGGUAUUGUAAAUAUUUGGUUUGUCACUGUUGCCAUUAAGUAUAAAAGUCCAUUGCAUUGCAGACGUUGCAUAAUCUGUGUUCUUUAAUGAUUUCCAUGUGCUUUCACAAAAAUCCUCAUGUGUUUAACUUAUUGUUUUUUUAUGAAUCUGGUUUUCUGGAUCCUUUUGUAUCCUACUUUGUAAGACAAAUAAACUGACAAGUGAUUUGCGAAGAA